AUGGUAUUUUCAUGUGUAUUACGUUUUCUUAUUUUCAUUCUAACGAUUAAAUUUAGUGCAAGUCUAAUUUGUUAUCAAUGCGAUGAUAUUUGGGUGACAACUACGAAUUUAAAACUACCAACUAAUUGUGUCAGAAUGAAUGUAAACAAGACGUAUUGUGCAAUGACGAUUGUUUUUAAUAAUAAUAUCAACGGAUAUGUUCAGAUUACAUCAGAAAAUGGACACCAAGCGUAUCAUUACGAUGAAGAUUUUGUUUUACUAGGAUUAACAAUGAGAAGUGAUGGAUCAUUUACAUAUGGUCUUACUUAUCAUUGCUUAGCUGACGGUUGUAAUGAACCAAGCUUAAAAAAAAUUCAGUUAUUAUUCGAUUCAACAACAAUAGAACAUAAUAUAAAAACUAUUUUACGAUUACUGUACAUAAGAACACCUGAAAGACCCCUACCGUGUUCAAAAUAUACGAAUUGUACAGACCCUAAUACAUGCUAUCAACCCAAAGAAAUAAAUGUUGUAUGCUCAAGAUGUUUCACAACUAUUAAUGGAAUAACCAAUGCAAUAUGUGCACAUUGCUUAGAAAAUGUUAAACCAAUCUUUGAUAUUCUUGAUGAUGAACGAGCAUAUUUAUUAAAAGCGAAAACAACGAAAAAUCAUCAUUAUGAAGUAUAUUGUAACAUGCCAGAAUGCAACAGAUUGGAUAAGAUUCAACAAAUUCAAAAACUGCAUCGUUAUGAUUUUGAUUAUGAUCGAUUCAUGGGCAAAUCUAUAUCAUCUUUGCUAUUAUCAAACAAGAAUAUCAUUUAUUUUCAUCUUUUUAUUUUAUGCAUUUGGAAUAUCUUGUAA